GAAAGGUUACUAUCGGUCAUUCACUUCUUCAAGGAGGAGCUGCAAAGUGUGUCGGCUGUAAUAGAGAAAGUCUGUCUCGGAGUGUGGGGCUGAGCUUUGCCGGCUGUUCGGUUGGAGCGCUGAAAGAGAAAGAAGUACCAUCCCGUCGCUGACUUCACUCACUUAAAGCACUACAGCUCCACAGCUUGCUUUCAUCACUUCGACCAAAAACCUUAGACCAGAUGCUGCUGCUCCUCCUGCCUUUCUGUUCUUCGUCUUUGUGCCGCGGCUCUCUGCUUCGCACGAGGCGUCACUGAGCUGAGAGAACUGCCGGGGGAAAAAAAAAAAAAAAAAAAAAAGAGAGAACUCCUUGUUUUGCGUCCUAAUAUUGCUAACUAUUGAUACUUGGGAGUUUUUUUCAAAAUGCACAUACAUUCCAUUGUCUCGUUCCCCAUUUACCUUUUGAUGAGGCUCUACACCCUCCUCACCUUUGUCCCCUGGUAUUUCCUUACUGAUGUCCAGAAGAAGAAAGCCAUGGCCAAACGGAUAAAAGCAAAGUCCAUUACGGGCAAAACUGAGGGGCCCUACCGUUCAGUGGACCACUUUGAGUCUCUGGCUGUGAUGGACUUUGAAGGGAAAGACACGCUGGACAAAUUGUUUGACUUUGCGGUGCAGCAGUUUGGCAAAGCCGACUGCCUGGGAACCAGAGAGGUGCUGAGCGAGGAGAACGAGACGCAGCCCAACGGCAAGGUGUUCAAGAAACUCAUUCUUGGAGAAUACAGCUGGCGUUCCUACCAGGAUGUGGAUGUAGAAGUGAGCCACCUUGGGAGUGGACUGGCUGCGCUGGGCCAGCAGCCCAAGAGCACUAUCGCCAUCUUCUGUGAGACGCGUGCAGAAUGGAUGAUAAGCGCACAGGCCUGCUUCAGACACAACUUUCCCUUGGUCACUUUAUACGCAACGCUGGGCGAGGACGCAGUGGCGUAUGGCUUGAACGAAUGUGAAGCUACUCACCUCAUCACCAGUGCGGAGCUGCUAGAGACCAAACUGAAGAGUGUCUUGUCGAAGAUUUCCCAUCUGAAACACAUCAUCUAUGUGGACAAGAAGAACAUUAACACAAGUGCAUACCCAGAGGGUCUACAGAUCCAUAGCAUGAGGGCAGUGCAAGAGCUUGGGGCCAAGCCUGAGAACUUGGCUGUGCAGCCCCAGCGCCCUCAACCCGCCGAUCUGGCCGUCAUCAUGUAUACGAGUGGCUCGACGGGACGACCCAAGGGUGUGACAAUCAUCCACAGCAACCUGAUUGCUGGCAUGACGGGCCAGUGUGAGAGGAUCCCAGGCCUGGGGCCAAAAGACACGUACAUCGGCUACCUCCCGCUUGCUCACGUACUUGAAAUGACGGCAGAGAUUUCAUGUGUGACUUAUGGCUGCAGAAUUGGGUACUCCUCUCCUCAAACGCUGUCUGAUCAGUCAACAAAGAUUAAGAAGGGCAGUAAGGGUGACUGCACUGUGCUGAAACCCACCUUGAUGGCAGCUGUUCCGGCAAUCAUGGACCGAAUCUACAAGAAUGUAAUGAGCAAAGUGCAAGAGAUGAGCUAUGUGCAGAGAACCCUCUUCAAGCUCGGCUAUGACUACAAGCUGGAGCAGAUAAAGCGGGGUUACGAUACUCCACUUUGUAACAUGCUGUUUAAGAAGGUGAAGGCCUUGCUGGGUGGGAACAUCCGCAUGAUGCUUUCCGGAGGGGCGCCCCUGUCCCCCAACACUCAGCGUUUCAUGAAUGUGUGUUUCUGUUGCCCCAUCGGCCAGGGCUACGGCCUCACUGAGACAUGCGGCGCCGGGACCAUCACCGAGGUGGCUGACUAUAGCACCGGCCGAGUGGGAGCCCCCCUCAUCUGCUGCGAGGUGAAGCUCCGCGAUUGGGCUGAGGGUGGAUACACAACACAGGACAAACCCCACCCCCGAGGAGAAAUACUUAUUGGGGGUCCUAAUGUGACAAUGGGCUACUACAAGAGUGAACAUCUCAACGAAGACUACUUCGUGGACGAGAAGGGACAGCGGUGGUUCUGCACAGGAGACGUGGGCGAGAUGCACCCAGAUGGGUGUCUGCAAAUUGUGGAUCGUAAAAAGGACCUUGUUAAGCUGCAAGCCGGAGAAUAUGUCUCUCUUGGUAAAGUGGAGUCUGCACUGAAAAACUGCCCCCUGAUCGACAACAUAUGCGCGUAUGCAAACAGUGACCACGAUUACGUGAUCAGCUUUGUGGUACCGAACCAAAAGCAGCUUACUGCACUGGCCAGUAAGAAAGGGAUUGAAGGAAGCUGGGAGGAUAUCUGUAACCAUCCUACCAUGGAGGCAGAGGUCCUGAAGGCAAUCAAAGAUGCUGCUGCGUCAAUCAAGCUGCAGCGCUUUGAAAUUCCGGUGAAGGUGCGCUUAAGUCCAGAGCCCUGGACCCCGGAGACUGGCUUGGUCACCGAUGCCUUCAAACUGAAGAGAAAGGAACUGAAGGACCAUUAUCUCAAUGACAUUGAGAGAAUGUACGGAGGGAAGUAGGACCACAGUCCAGAGCAAAAAUGUUUCACCAUUGUUGCUAUGAAAUGAAUACAAAUGAAUAUUUGUAUACUCGUGGUUUAAAAAGUGUUCACCAGUGACACGUGGAAUUUAGAUUUCACUCAUCUCUUGACUUUCCUAAAUUAUGACCUACUGUUCAUUUUUCUUGGAUUCGUGUUGCCACCUCAUAGAGAGUGCACGAUAUGUAAUCCGACGAAACUGCCGUUCAUUUUUACUUUUUUUUAUACUUCCGCUCUGUAAUUAUUUGCAACUAAUGUACAUUGGCUUUUGUACAAAGUACAACAUUUUGUGCCUGAGGAGGGGAAAGGAAAAAAAAAAAAAAAAUCGUAGAGGGCAGAACGACUUGCUUAAAAAUGACAAGUGAUUUGCAGCGUGUGCGGACCAUUGAAAAGAGAAAUAACAGACCAGUUCGGAGGAAUCGCUGUUUUGUACCAGCUGCCCCGUUGUGGCCAAACGUGAUCAUUUUAUACUGUGUCAGUUAUUUAUAUCUAGGCAUUUAAGUGAAGAAUUUUUUUAUGUUGUGGUUGGUAAAUAUGUUCUGAACACAUAAUUUGGAAAAAGUGACAAAUAAGUGUCCAUUUAGAAUAUUCGUUCCUCAAAUGUUGUGGAUUUCUUGCUUAUGCCGGCCUUGUGUUUUUUAUUGCGGAGUGACGUGUUUAUUUGGAGCCUCAUUCACCAAUGACAUGGGCAGCUAUGUAAAAAUACAAAGUACUGUACAUCCACCUUUUGUAAUGAAAACAUGUCUCUACACUCUCGCAGUAACAGG